AUAACAUUUGAUAAAUGUGGAUUAAAUAUUGAAACUCUCAUUUAAAAAGGACUAUUUAAAAAAUUUUCUUUAAAAUUUAAAGCUCAAUUGGUGAGGAGAGUUAGGAUCACAAGCCAUGGCUCCAGCGAUGGACUUUUCGGAUUUAGAAAUUUGCGAUUCGAUGAAGCCGGCGGAGGAGGUUGACGUCGAAGGCGAAGGGGAGAUGUCCGACGAAGAUUCGGGUGUCCGUAUUGUUGAUUCAUUCAAGGACCCUUUGGGAACCAUUGUGCAAUACAGUGGUAACGAAGACAUGAACACUCCUGGCGAUUAUCAAGAUUUCUCCGAUUCCGAAGAUGAGAAAACCUUUAGACAAUACAGAAAGGAAUUUCUCGCUAGUGAUGUGAGUUUUCAUCUUUCACCUUCAUUCUCGAAUACAGAUUUUCAAUGUUUGAUUGUGUUUUCGUUAAUUAGGGUUAUGAUAUCACUACCUUCUAUUAUUAUCCUUUCACGAUGGGUCUCCUCGAACCCAUCCCUCUGGAACCUGGCGAUAUGUUAUAUGAAGGUUGCGUCCAUGCUGUACAAAGAUUGAUUACAUAUCUCUGGGAAAAGAGAGGAAGAAGUCUUGAAUUUGUGGAACUUAUUAAGGCAAAUUGGGCUAUAAAUACUUCUCGUUUCUAUUUCGCCACCUUUACCGCUAUGGAAUGUGGAAAACUAGGAACUUAUCAAGCCACUGUUUCGAACUAUUCGAGGUGGCGAGGUUGAGAUUUAUCAGUUUAGGGAGGCACCUAUGGUAGAUGGAGAUCAGAAGCUGGGGAAUUAGUGUCUGCACAUGGUCCUAUGUGGUUUGUGAGUCUAAAUAGAUAAGCUCUAUUUUGUUUUCUGUUUUGGUAAUUUACUGCAGUGCUCCAAUGGUUGUGAAGCUAUUAUAAAGUCUUAUGGUUAUUUAUGUUAAAUUGUGACACAAUCUUUUCCAUCCUUAGUUGUUGGUUGUCCUAUGUUGUCUGUGAGUCUAAAAAGAUGAACUCUACCUGGUUCUCUGUUUUAUUUUGUUGCACUGGUCAAAUAGUUGUGAAGCCAUCAUACAAUCUUAUGUUUAUUUGUGUUGAAUUGCCACACAAUCUUUUUCAAUCAUAUAGCUCUUACAUUC